CUGAAGAUGGAGAAACACCCAGUGGAUAUAGUACUUCCGGUUUAGAAUAUCUGGUACAACAACAAUGGCGACCUCCACGAGUGAGGAAAGCAUGAUCGAUGCACAGUCUGGAAAGAAGACGAAAAAGAGUAAAAAUCAAGUGGACGAAUUGGACCUCCUCACUGUGCCAGACGGCUGGAAGGAGCCAGCGUUCACCAAAGAUGACAAUCCCAGAGGAAUGCUGGAGGAGAGCAGCUUCGCCACACUUUUCCCCAAGUACAGAGAAGCAUAUCUCAAAGAGUGCUGGCCGCUGGUGCAGAAAGCUCUUGGAGAAGCGCACAUCAAGGCCACCCUUGAUUUGAUUGAAGGCAGUAUCACUGUCACCACCACCAAGAAGACCUUUGAUCCCUAUUCCAUAGUGAGGGCACGGGACCUCAUCAAGCUGCUGGCUAGAAGUGUUCCUUUCGAGCAGGCUGUGAGGAUACUGGAGGAUGAAAUGGCAUGUGAUAUUAUAAAGAUCGGGACGCUGGUACGAAACCGGGAGAGGUUUGUGAAGAGGAGGCAGAGACUAAUAGGACCCAAGGGCUCGACUCUAAAGGCUUUAGAACUGCUGACCAACUGCUAUGUGAUGGUGCAGGGAAACACAGUGUCGGCCCUGGGGCCCUUUAAUGGCCUCAAGGAGGUACGUAAAGUGGUGUUGGACACCAUGAAGAACAUCCAUCCCAUCUAUAACAUCAAGACGCUCAUGAUCAAGAGGGAGCUGGCUAAAGACCCAGAGCUCCGGACGCAGAGCUGGGAGCGCUUCCUGCCCAACUUCCGUCACAAGAACCUGACCAAGCGCAAGGAACCCAAAAAGAAGACCACAAAGAAGGAGUACACACCGUUCCCCCCACAGCAGCCUGAGAGCCAGAUUGACAAAGAACUGGCCACCGGUGAGUUCUUCCUCCGAGAGAGUGUGAAGAAGAGGAAGAAGAUGGAGGAGAUCAAGGGAAAACAAGCUGAAGCACUGACCAAGAAGCAAGAGGAGAGAAAUAAGGCUUUCAUUCCACCCAAGGAGAAAGCUGUUGUAAAGACGACCAACAAAGCUCCCUCAGAUGGCAAGAUCGAUAUUGAGGCAAUCAAAGCUAAAGUUAAGAAAGCCAAGACAAAAAAACUGGGAGCUCCCCCGGUCAACCCAACCCCCCCGACCAACACCAGUGAUAAGAAGAAGAAGAAAAAGAAGAACAAAGGCUAGUUGUGAAAGCCUGGUCAGUUAUGGACUUGAGCUCUACAGUUCAAACGACAGAAUUGGAGGCCAGCAUGUUGACUGCAAGAGGUGGAACAGGAACUCAGAAGGAUUGUGACAUGUCCAUAUGUGACAGUUUGAGUCCACACGCAAUGAGUGAAGUACUGUACAGUAUAUAGCGGUGUCAAUGGUGUUUUCCAUGACUGUUCUGUGAGGUUUAUUUUGUAUAUUCCUACAACUUCAACAAGAUGCAUGGACUUUAUUAACAUGACUCUGAACCUGACUGAUUAACACAGCUCUGCAUACACCUUUUCUUACCUUGUAUUUGGUCAAUUAGGAUUGACGUGUAGAGACAUUUCGUUUGUGCACAACCCAUGUUUGCCAGGCAUGCAGGUUAAUGGUCAUAAACUCAUUUAUUUUCCAAGUAUUUCUAUUGAUAAAUAACAUUCAGAUGACGCGGGAGUCAUCGCUGUCUGUUCUCUCUUUAUAUUGGGACAUUUUGUAAGUACAAAAUAAAUGAUAAUGUAUUUAAA